UGAUAUUCGGCGUUAGCAAUAAGUUGCACGUGACAUCUUAAGAGGAUGGCGGAAGUUGGUUGUUUAUCUGUUACUGUAUCUUCCAUGGCUUUUAUUUCAUUUGUUCUUGUUAUUAUUUCAUUAUGUCCUUGUAAAGCCCAUGUGCCAUUAAUCAUAUGGACCAGCGAAGGAGACAGUUUGCCAACCCUGACAGAACCAGCAGCUGGAGAAAUUGUCUCUGGUAUGAAGUUGGUGUCCAGUCUUCAAUCUGCUUUGACAACUUUGCCAAACACGGUGUUGCUCUUUCUGCAAGACAAGUUAAGCUUAGAGGAUUUCACAGUAUACGGUGGGGUGUUUGGAAAUAAGCAAGACAGUGUUUUUUUACAUUUAGAGUCAGCAUUACAGGCAUCUACUCCUCUGGUACUGCCAGCCCUAGCCUUGUCUACAACUGAUUCAGUGGAGGAACUUUUCCAGGAGGUACUUGGGAUUCCGGCACUCCAUAUUGUACCAUCAGCACUGAACCAGCUUCAGCUGAACACAUCACAGCCUUCUUUUCUGGUCAUCAGCCUCCCUUACACUCAUGGUGUGCAGUCAAAGGAGCUUCUUAGGAAAAAUGAUGAGAUCAUUGGAGAUGUCCUGACUGUCUUUACAGCUCAUGGUGUACCUUACACUGCUGUUUACACUGGUCUGAUGCCUUCCUAUGUGACUCAUGACACCGUCACAUCUUUGACUCAGAGGUUUGUGGGACGUUCUCUGCUACAAGCACGGCGAGACCCAACUGUCAAACCACCAGUUACUUUUAACAGUACUUUGGGUCAGCCAUGCAUUUUGCUCUGGGCUGAUCAUUUAAAUAUCAGCCAUGUGAAGGGACCCUGGUUUGAUCUGGGCCCCUUUACUUUCAUUAACUCUGUCUCUCUGGAUGGUUCUUUCUGUAAUGAAACAUUUUCCAGACUUGUCCUGAAUUACCAAAAUGUUCUGAGUUUCAAGUCGUUCCAACUCACCUUUUUGAUGCGCAAGAUCUUCUUUCCUGUGUCUGCUCGAAACUGGACAGUCAUAGAAAAGGUGGAGCUGAACUAUGAUGGCCAGAGGGCUGUUUUCAACAGUAGCCGUGGUAUCUAUUCUCCUGCUGAGUUUUCCUUCCACUGCCAAAGUGUGAGUAGCAGUGAAAGCCCACUGCUAGUCCCGAGCAAUGCUAAAGACAAUGCCUCCCAGUGGAACAUCCUCUUCACAGACUUUCAGAUCCAGGGAUUCAACGUGACUGGGAAUUUCUCAUACGCCAGUGACUGUGCAAGCUUCUUCACACCAGGUAUCUGGAUGGGGCUGCUCACCUCGCUGCUUAUGGUCCUUAUCCUCACAUAUGGCUUGCACAUGAUCAUGCAACUACGGACCAUGGAUCGCUUUGAUGAUCCAAAAGGCCCAGGUAUUUCUGUGCCUCUUAAUGAUUGACGCCAAAGAUUUUCUCCUGGUCUUUUGGUUUUUACCAGUCUGUAGGUUUUUUUUGUUUUUUGUUUUUUUUUUGGGGGGGGGGGGGGGGUUGUUUUUGUUUGAGGUUUUUUUGCCAUCCUAUAUGAGAAGCCUCUUUCUUCAUUUGUGGUUGCUACCCAAGACUAUACAUUCAGGCCACUACUGUUGUUGUUUUGUUGUUGUUUUUUUGGGGGGGGGGGGGGGGGGGUGGUUGUUUGGUUUUUUUGUUUCUUUGUUUGUUUAAUGCCAGAAUGUUUUCAUUAUAGUUUUAAUGGUAGUACUUUUCAUUAAUUCACAAUUUUUGUAGGCACCUAGAGUACUGGAUUAUCAGCUCCAGUAUCAGCUUUGUAAUGUAUGGUUUCCCUGAUGAUUUAAAAAAUAAAUAAUUUUAAGCUGUUCUAGAUCAUGUUAUUUUCUCAGAUGCAUUUACUUCUGCUGAUUGACUUGAUCUGUAGAUCAAGAAUUCUUUCAGAUCUUUUUCCAUCAAAAAGUGUUCUGAUGAUUUCAGAUUUGUUUUUAUUCAUUCAUUUAAUGAUAAUACUGUCAUCAUUGUUUUUCCUUUGCCCAUGUGUUUUUGAUUAUAAAAUGUCUGACAGUGCCAAAACUGCCAAUAAUACUACAAAUGUAAUAUUACCCCAAAAUCUCCUGAAAUGCCCUUUAAUAUUUUAAACCUAAAGGCAAAGUGAAUAGCAACGGGCACUUUGUGUGUCUAAACCAUAAAAUAAAUUCUUUAUUUUGAACAGAAAUCUAAGGUCUACACUCUCUAGGUAACUUCUUGGUGUAACAAAAAGGGGCACUGUCUUUGUUGUAUAUCUAAAAUUGUUGGUGCCUUACACUGACACCUAGAGUAACUUGUAACUUAGUGUAUGGUAUUUAAGACUUUUAUGUAUAUUUGUGCCAUUUUAGAGGCUGCCUGUGAAUUUGGACAUUUUGUUAAAGUGAGAGUAUACAAAAAGAAGUGUAGUUGUAGCCAAAGCUAAUGCAGCACAAUGAGUAAGGCUGAUAAGUGUUUAUAGAUUACAAAACAUUUUGGACAUUCUACUAAAUAGGAAUUUACUGGACAAUGAACAUUAACAGACAGGCACAAAACAAUCAAAACAAAAGUGCACCUGUUGUUGGUUGUGGAAAAAUGAUUUAAAUAAACCUUGUUUCAAAGUUCA